AUAAUCUACUACAUCGAUACCCUGGAAGACCCGGAUUGCAAUAUCCAUGGUUUGUAUCCAUCGAGCCCUCGCUCUCAACCCUCACGAUCAAGUUCGAUUUGUUCGCAAAUCGACAAGCCUCAACGAUACCGUCGCUCCGUCGACGUCGGCUACCCCAUCAAGCAAAGCACAGGACAAACCGGAAGUCGUCCAAGACCAAAGAGCACCAGGUUCACACCCCUCGGGGAUGAGAGGAGGGCGAGUAUUCGAAAAAAAUCACCGAGUGGCAGACGUCGAAGUACCAGUGGAGAAAUUCGUCGUAAAUCAACGUCGAGGGCGUUGAGUACCGAAUGCCAGAUCAAAUCGAAAGAAGAUGAAUCUCAGACCGAGACUGAGCAGAUGAGAAGACACCGGAGGGUCGUUGCCCUGGUUCUCGGAAUUUUUAUGUUUUUACUCGUCGCAUCGGUUGUUGUUGUCGUUGUGACACUGACCCACAGUUCUUUUCAUUCACCACCUGUUGGAAAUAGGGAAUUGGCGAGACAUCGCGCACAGCAGAAUCAACCCCAUCAUUCUGAGAUCAUUUGUACGGAUUUUCAG